AUGAAAAUACACAAAUUUAAGCCUAUUGUUUAUAUUUUGUCUAUUUGCAUCUUCUUAAUCGGAAAAUCUUUCAACACAUUCACAAAAGCUGCUCCGAUUAAUCAUAACGUUUUUGAAUUAUUUCAGAAUAUAGACAAGGAAUCGAAUCUCACAGCUAAUACUAAUAAGGUCGUUUUCAAGUUACUUCUCAAUCCAGUGGAUGACGAUGACAAUCUUCUUAAUUUUCAUCUAAAGUUAAAGUCGACUCUUUGGCUUACUUCCGACGAGUUUACCGCUCUGAAGAAUUAUUUGAGCGAUACUGAUCUUUCAAACGCCCUGAAGAUAAUCCGACGAAAGUUUUUCAGAAGAUACCAUUCCAAAGAAAUAACUAAUGAUAACUUAAAGUAUAGGCUCUUGAGCGCCCUGGCCUUUACUUCCAUACAGGGCCAGGUACAUUUACUUAGGAACCGCCUCAACGACACUCACCCUGAGCUCCUACUUCUAGUUUCAGGGUACAAGACUAGUCACAGAGACCCUAAUGAAUGGAAGCCUUUGACGUCAACUUCCGAAGACUUCAUGUUUUUCGUCGAGAAUGGGCCUGGGAAAACUACUUCGACUCCUGCGGUGACUGUUUCUUCUGAAUACGAUAAGAAUUACUAUGACAAAAUUCUCUUUAGCGGAAUCAAGCACCUGGGUAUUACUUCAGGCCAUGUUCCCCGAGUUCCACAGGAGAAAGCUCCUCCAGUUAAUCAGGAGCCUCAAGCUAACAAAUCCGAAGAUGAUAAUGAGCUCAAAAUACCUGAUCAGCCUAGCGAGAGUGCUACACAAGAGCCAGAUAAUCCUGUUCCUACUGAGGAGGUUAAGUCUAAUCAAGCUACUGAACCUAAUCAACCAACGGCACCUGAAACCGUGGAGAAUCCGGAGACUAGUGAAACACCGAGGCAACCUCAAACUACACAACUGCCGACACCGAAUGACCAACCCAAACCGCAGCAACCAACUCAAAACGUCCAGGAAGUUCAGCCUACUGAAAACUAUAGGACGCCUCCCACUGAAAUGGUUCAUCCUGUUGAAUCUGAUGAGGGUGCUGAGUCCAACAAGCCUGCAGAAGCAAGCGGAAAGGGCCAACCCGAGGCUACUUGGCAACAAUCUCAACCAGUCAAUCCCCCGCAACCGGUGAAUCCACCUCAACAGGAACAACCUGCACCGGUUGACAACAACGUUGUUGACAAAGAUAAUCCUGUUCCUACCGAGGAAGUUAAGUCUAAUGAGCAAACUGAGUCUAAUCAGACGAAGGCUCCAGAGGUUGAAACUUCAACGCCUGAGCAAGUCUCGUCUUCACCUGGUAACAACGCCUUAACCAGCGAUACUUUGAGCAAUGUUAGGAAAGGGGACAACUCCGAUCUCAAGACCACUUUCUCUUUGGGAGGCAGUGAAGACGCUGCCAACAAACCCAAAUUUUACCAGAAGGCUGAUCAGGACCAAAGCUCAGAAUCGUCAGAGUCGAGUGAUUCUGACGAGGAACUGGGAGAAAACGAGACCACUGCUGGCAAAACCAAAGAGGAGUUACUUGAGGAGCUUCGCAAGCGCUAUUCUGAGUACAACGAAACUGAUCUCAUGAAUAAGUUUGAGAAAGUCGACAUGGAGGACAUUGCAAAGGACUUUAAGUCUCCGCUCACCAUAACUAUGAAGAUCGACUUUUUAUCAAGUGACAAGAGGAUUUCAGUCCCAGUGGUCACCACUGCCAAGUUGCUUCUUCCCGAGCAAAUUUUCACCAUGUGCGUCAGGGAGGAGCUCACUCAGCAGUGUGCUUUUGAGUUGAAGGAUAGGCUAAUGGCCAGGUUCGAGGACACCAGCGCCGAGGCUUUCAAAUGGGGACGUUUAGUCUCUCUUUUGCAGACUCUGGCCUUUCAGAACGACGUUUUUGUCGAGAAAUAUGUGAUGAACAAUGGGCAGGAGUCCCUGAUUGAACUUGCUAAGCCAUCCUUCGUGCUUCCCAUGAAGACUCUCAAUUUCUUGAGUCAGCUUACUGGAAAGGCCUCAAGUUCAGACAAUCAGGCCUUCAUCUCAUUUGACUUGCUGCCCGGCCCUUUGAACAUACCGUUGGGCUCAGUUGCAUCUGAUUUGGGGCAAAACUACGGUGUUCACGCACAGCUGUCCCGCUUUAUAGACAUGUAUACCGAUUUUGAAGUGACUCACUCACUUUUCGACCUGCCAAAUAGGAAGCGCGUGUUCAAAAAGGCUGUCAGUCCAAGGGUCAGGAAAACUAGGGGCGAGAGCAAUAAGGUUUAUACUAUGGAAGAGCUUCUGUCAAUGAACGUCGACACCAAGGAUUUGAGCAACGACAUCCACUUUAUUCUUUCAAGCUAUGAAAAGGCGCUUUACUCUGUGCCCAAGAGGCUUAGUGGCUACAAGUUGCUUUGGGAGACCGUUGACAAGUAUCCUGAACUUCAGAGGAUCUGGAUCGAGGCUCUGACUCUCAUGAAGUUGAUGGACAAGAAGGACAACCUGCGCAACUUUUUGGCGAACCACACCUUCAAGUACCAGGAGCUGAAGGACCUGUUCGAGAUCACCUACGGCAUCAUUGCUGCUGACAACUACGACUCCGUCAGGGACUUUUACGAAAGCGUCGGCAUCACUCAGAGGGACGUGGACACCAACCUGGCACGCGUCAAGAGCCUGUUUUUCGCCAAGACCGGGUCGAACGUCACCCGGCUUCCUCCCAUGCUCAAGCCCAUGCAUAAGAACUGCCUGGUCAAGAACAUGAUCACUUCGCUCACUUCCAACGACGUCAUUGAGCGCAUGCAGGUAAUGUACGUUCAGUGGAUAAACGAGUACAAGAACGCUACUGACGGCAACUACGACUUGGCCUUCUUGUGCGCCGGCUCUGCCGUUUUACUGCAGCAUUGGCACUACUUCCAGCUCGACCAGGGCUACUAUGACCCUCCCGUCCCCUUCAUCACUCUCAUCACCUCCUUUUCCCGGCUCGCUCAGGGCAAGUACAAGAACCCUGAGCGGAAGAAGGAGAUCAAGUCCCUGAUUAACUCCAAGGCUGCCAAGCGCUGCCGCAAGUACAUAAACGCCGCCGGCAUUGUUGCCACCUCGCCUUACAAAACUGCCACCAUCAACUUAACUCCCAAGUCUCUGCUCGGCGCCAUUGGCAACGCUCUUGACGUGAGCAUGGACUCUCCUCCUCUGGAGAUCGCCUACGCCAUGAAGGACUACUUCAAGGCCGAGUUGGGCAAGGGUCGGUACGGCAACUCCCUUGGCAUUUGCAUGGGACUGCAGCUCCUCCACAGGCUCAACACCUGCUUAUCUGUCGAGAGGUCCAACGACUUCUCCGUCUAUAUGCACGGGCUUCUUACGAUGGACACCCGGCUCAUUUUGGAGCGCUUCACUGAGAUCGAGUCCAACGGCAAAAACAUAAACAAGAACCACCAGUUCUUAAAGUUCGCCUGCACUCCCGACAAUCCUACUGUUCAUGAGGCCAUGACUAAGCUCAUGCCUCUCAUUUCCACUCAAUCGCACCUUGACCUCAUGGACGAGCUGGUUCGGCGUGAAAUGCUCAGUCCCGACCUUACUCCUGAGGGCCUCCUCGCCACCAACGAGGACACUUUGAACAAGGACGUCGUCAACCUCGAGGACGACACCACCACGCUGCUGGAGACCUUUGAGGACACCAGUCCCAGGUCUCUGCUUGAAAUCGCAGACGAGGUCUCCUACGGCCUCGAGGACGACGACUCUGGAGCUGACGGAACUGACUCUUCUUUCGUUCAGCAGGGCGAGGCUCGUGGCGAGUACUCCUUCGAGCUCGAGUCUGUGGGCCUGCCUGACUUCGACUCCAUGGACUCCCUGUACAGGAAGCUGUUCUCUCCCUCCGCGGCCAGCUUCAUUCCCCGUUCUCUGAACCACAAGGUCUUCUCUCAGCUGUUCAGUCCUCACCACGGCCUCGGCUACGCUUCCGCUGGCCUCGGCGGCUCUCUCGACGACGACCUCGCCCUCAUAACCUUUGACAUCCGGAUGAUGCCCUCCGAUGCCACUGACGAGCUCGUCUCUCUCGAUGUCCCCUUUUCCUUCCAUGAGAAGGAGCUCGACCUCAUCGAGUCUCUCGAGUCCACUGCUCUUCUUCGUCUUCUUCUCUAUAGGAUUAAGAAGCGGAUCGACUCUCUCGAGUUCGACCUGAAGCACGAGCAGCUAAAGAGGCACGCUCUCGAGCUUGCCAAGGCUCGUAACGUAGAGCACAUCAGCAUUCCUGUUCACGAGAUGGUCGCCAAGGGCAAUGUCGACCUAAACACUUACCGUGGCCUUCUCCGCGUCCUUGAGUCCAUGCCUGAGGACGGCUUCUACUUCGAGGACGAGGGGCUUGCUGUUCCCAGCGAGCGUGUCGGCCGCCUUGCCGCCAAGCGCAUUUCCAAGAGCCUUUAUCGUAACAGGAAGCGCAGGUCUUCCAGGAAAUCUUCCGGCGGCCACUCUCGCGGCUUCGACGAGCCCGUCCUGAUUCUUCAGGUAAUCGACCCUGUCGACGACACUGACAUAAACGAGCUCACCAUGCCUCAUGAGCACGUCAAGAAGCACGACAAGCUGUUUUACGAGAAGAUGACUGAGCUAUAG